AUGCAAAACAAGCAAUAUUGUGGUGAGAUUGGGCAUGCUGUUAGCUCAAAGAAGCGAAAGGAUAUUGUUGAACGGGCAAAACAAUUGCGAAUUACUCUGACCAACGGCAACGCUCGUCUUCGUACAGAGGAGAAUGAAUAAAAGAGAGUUUAAAAGUUAAAUAAAGUUCAACACAUUUUUUUGUUGUUUCUGUUGAAUUUUGAAAAGGGUUAUUUUUGUUGCUUUGUCUAAAAAUAAAAAUAUUUAAAAAGGGCUUUUUGUUUGAUUUUCUAAAGGUUUUGAAAGCCUUAAAAUUUUUUUUUUUAAUUAUUUUGUUUGCAAUUGCUUCUGGAUUUUUUCCUUUUAAUUUUUUUGGCGAUUCAUUAGUUGAGGAAUUUGGAAAGUUGUGGGGGGAAUUUGGGGCUUUCCUAGGAUGUUUCUUCUUGGAGUGUUUUUUUAGAGAUGAUUUAAAAUUCUUUUUGGAUGCAAUCACAACAUUUACCGGACAAACUCAAGAUCCCCUCAACUUUCCAACCUCGCCAAAUUUUGACUUGCUUAUAUUCUC